UACUGUUCCAUUCUUUUGCCUCGUCGUGAUUGCCUGCCUCUCUAUUCACUUUGACAUUCAUCAAUACUACGACUGGUACGACAAGCAUGACGGAAGUCGCCGCUGCACGCAACAACAAUUUGGUCGCCGAGUCUGAUUUGGACGCCGCCUUGCACGCGGUGGAUCGUCACCUUCACAAUCACGGACGUGUUGGUAAAGGGACCUUGGACGAAACCACGCGACUCGCCUUACAGGCUAGUCUCCACGCCCAUAUUCAACGCAUCGUGCAACCCGUCACCGACGAAGCCUUUCAUCUCUACGUGCACCGCAACACUCUUGCCGUAGACCAAGAUACUACUACUACUGUUACCGGUACUACUGACACUACUUGUAGUACUGCUACCGGUACAACGAUAGAUACCACAACCAGGACGAUACCCCGCCAUGAUCCGUACGGCUUUGCGGAAUCCGAACUCCUCGACGUCGAAGCCUUGGAACGCGUACAGGCUUUGCGUACGCAAGUUCGCGACGAAGCGGCCCGCAUCCACGCGUUGCAAAUCUCCGUCCUCGAACGCGCCGCACAGUUGGCCAGUCGUCAAACGCAACUCCAACACUGCGUACCCCUCGCAGUGUCCAACCAUGCGUUCGCUGACACGAAUCAGGAUGAACGCGUCGACAAAAUUCGUGUCAUGCAACAAGCCUUGACUACCAUGCAACAGGCUUUGCAACAAACGCAACAAGCCUUGCCAACACACCAUACCAGCUUGCAAACGACGAUUACCGCGAUUGAGCUCGACAUGGACAAACAAAACCGGCACGGACUGUCGCAAACCGAACUCGCCAUUACGCAACGAGAAAAGGAUACCGAUAUGGACUCGGCGGCGGUCCAUCCACAGGCGCUGCUGGACCUGCCACCCAUGACGCGGCUGGCCAACUUCUUGCGCGACUAG